ACCGCGUUCGAACCACCCUGUACAUCUACUGUCAGCUUGACGUCUGCUUUAAAACUGCAACAUUUUUCUUAGCUCAGCGGAUCGAAAGUGAUUCUUGUUGCGGAUUUUCACCGAUUUUCCACCCAAAGCCUCCAAUCAAGAUGCUGACCAACCAGAUCCAGCAGGCCGUCCGGAUGAUGGGUGCUCAGGCGCGCCGCAACUACGGUGUGACCGCCGUCGUCAUGUCCAAGGCGACCGACCCGAUCCAGCAGCUGUUCGUCAACAAGCUGCGCGACUACGCCACCAAGAGCAAGAGCGCUGGCGGCAAGCUGGUCGACGCCUCGCCGGAGAUCGAGCGCGAGCUCAAGCAGGAGCUGGAGAAGCUGGCCAAGACGUACGGCGGCGACGGCGGUGCCGACAUGACCGCCUUCCCGUCCUUCAAGUUUGAGGAGCCCAAGCUGGGACCGAUCAACUCGAGCAGCAGCUAAGCUAAUUAGCUUCCGGCUUCGGUUGGAUGAGAUGCUUUUUCGUGAGGAAUAAAAGAAACAAAACAGCGUUUAGGUGGUUAAUUGAA